AUGACGGAAAGCGUGGACAAAGUUUAUCAAGAUGCAGUUCAAUCGGGACUUCUCCCCGGUAUAUCGCUAUUAGCAGGAGAUAAAGACGGCAACAUCAUCUACUCCAAUUCUCUCGGAAAGGCUUCCUUGAAAGAGAGCGACGAUCGCCCUUUCACGGAGGAUACGAUCUGCGCUAUUGCCUCUAUGUCCAAGCUUAUGACCUCGGUAGCUGUGCUCCAGUGCGUUGAAGAUGGCUCCCUGAAGCUCGAUGAAGACGUCAGACCUCUGCUUCCUGAAAUGGGGAAGUAUGGUGUCAUGACUGCUUUCGUCGAUGAGAGAAACGAAGCUACCUUCGAACCUGACUCAACUCCUGUCACACUGAGGAUGCUCCUGUCGCAUAUAUCAGGUCAUGAGUACGAUUGGCUCAAUCCGUCGCUAGGUAAAUGGCGUGCCUCACGUAAUGAACAGCCGUUUUCGGGGCCAACUAUCGAAGACAAGUCUGCUCUGCCUCUCGUUUGUAAACCAGGCACACGCUUUACGUACGGGGCAGGGCACGAUUGGGCCGGCAAGUUGGUCCAGAUAGCCUCGGGCUCCACCCUCGAAGACUUUAUGCGUGUUCAUAUUUGGGAACCAUUAGGUAUCCAAGAUGACAUCAGCUUCUACCCCAAAACAAAAGAGAGUAUGAAGGAUAGGAUGGCUACCAUCAGCACACUGAACGAGAAGGGCGAGCCGCCAGCUGUUGACCUGCCCACUUUCGACAUCGUAUUCGGAGGAACAGACUGCUUAGGCGGCGCAGGCCUCUUUUCCUCUGCGAAGGCAUAUUACGCAUUCAUCUCCGCACUUCUCCGGCGGGAUGCCAAACUCCUCAAGCCAGGGUCUUACGAGGAGCUAUUUCGUCCCCAGCUUGAUGAGAAGCUCGAACAGAGCUUCAACGAAUACAUCGCUUCUUCUCCAGCGCAUACGGCCUUCCUCGGGAUGCGUAUCCCAGAAUCAAUUAGGAAGACAUGGUCUUUCGCGGGUUUGAUAUCAAAGCAAUCCCAGAGCGGUCGUUGCGGAAAAGGUACUACGUUUUGGGCGGGUGUUCCAAGCACUGUAUGGUUUAUCGACCAUGAUACGGGGAUCUGCGGGACUGCCUUCUGCCAGAUCUUGCCCCCUCUACAUCCUGUAAUAACCCAAUUGCACGAGGAAUUCCAGAGGGGAGUUUUCGCCAAGGUUCAGGGGACUAAGUAG